AAAUCACGUUUGCGCAAUCUCCCCUAUAAAUGAGUUCUCAUCGUUUAAAAGCUCCAAACGAUAUGCAAAUUUCACUCUUUUAUGAAAGUUAACAUCAAAAAGGCAUUAUUUAGAAGUGAUUUCGUGAAAAGAACGAUGUUUUUUCAUUCAAUUUGAGUUAUCUCUCCCUUUUUUUUUCUUCUUUUUUUUAUCUGUGUUAAUAGCUCUUCAAUCAUUUACUAAAUGAAGGAGGAAGUGUUUCCCAUGGGGAAAACACUUAAAAAAGCUCUUUGACCGAAUCAGUUAGAAAGAUGAACUUCUACUGGCGAUGUUUACUUAUUUUAUUAUUCGGCUCGCAAUGGACGACAUCGUCGGAUUCAGGAUGUGUGAAAGAAGAUUUUCCUUGUGAUUGCUGCGGUGACUGCGUCAAAAAAGAAAAAUGGUGUGACGGUACAACUAAUUGCCCGGAUGAAAGUGAUGAGAAAUACUGUAAAAAGGUCUCUUGGUGGGAUAACGAUCCAAAUAAAUGCUCCUCAUCCGAAAUUCAUUUCUUGUGUAAAUCAGGAGUGUGUAUUCCAAAGAAUGCUAAAUGCGAUGGUCAUGAAGAUUGUGAAGGUGGUGACGAUGAGCAAAAUUGUGAGGUUCUUGUUACGACCCCCGACCCUAUCGAAGCAUCUGGUUCGAAUGAAAUAGACAUCGAUGACAAUGAGGGUGAUGACAUCAUCGACGUCAGCAUAAAAGAAGAAGAUGAAGAUGAGAAGUCUUCAUCCAGUGAAUCGUCUGAGUCAAGCGAAGAGCUCCUGUUCCCCAAGCGCGAUCAUCCUGAAAAAUCAACUCCAGUUACCAUUUAUGAUUUUGGGACAUCCCCAUCUGUUAGCACGUUCCAUGCCAAGAAGCACGACGAAGUAUUACCCUCAUCAACGAAAUCGUCUGCACCAUUUCCCACCACGUCUUCAUAUACCCCAGCACGACACAGCAAUGUCUCGAGAUCAACAGACACGUAUCCUCAUCACAAAACUCUAGGAAAGCGUCCUCCCCUCUUCGUCAAUAUCAUUCCUUCACCAUCGAACGAACGGCCGUUGCCAAUCCUUUCCCAUCGUCAGCGUCACCAUCAUCGUCUAAGGAUGGAAUCCAGAUACAAGUAUUACAAUGGUCCUUAUUCGAGAGAAUACUCCAUGUGGGACAUGAACCUGAGACCUUUCGAGAAACAGAAAGCGGCGAAUAAGCCUUUUUACUUUGCCAAAGACUACGCGUCCUUUUUCAGCAAGGAGAAUGCUCGAUUCUUGAAAGGGGGAGUGGCGUGGCUUCUGAAACAGCGUCAUUCCAGUGGCGAUUGGGGAAAAGACACUGGAAGGGCCCUGAUAGCUCUCGCUUUGACGAACAACGGGUUUCCAUUUGGAAAUGGCGACUACGAGUUGAUGAAACGAAGGUUUAUGGUGCAGCUUGGUACGGAUUUAUUGCAAGAAGAUGCUUUCCUGUUAAGGAGUCACUCCGGAGAAUUCAACAUCAAUAAGCUGGCCAAGAUGAUCAACGCCUUACUGGCUGUCUGCGAGAAUCCGCGAGAUUUUCACGGAAUGGACUUGAUAGAAGUGUUGAGAACUAAAAUGAGGGAAAACUUCAGUAGGCGACAGUACUUCGUCAAUCCUUACGUUUAUCUGACCCUGUGUUUGUCCAACAGUUCCCUAUCUACCGCAGAAGUACAAAAUUUAAUCAAACAGAUGUUGACGAAGAGACACGCUGAUGAAAUGGCUAAAGAUAUGCAAAGCCUCGCCAUUCAAGCAUUCACAUGUCAUGUGCACCAGAAUACUUUAGAAGAUCCAGCUUACCGUAUGUCAUUGCACGAGACUCUCUACAAUGCAGUCUCUGAUAUACAGCAGAGAAUGUUUGAAGAUGGAAGCUUUGGUAGCGUUUACAGUACAGCAUUGACCGCACAGGCACUUAUGUCUGUCAACGCUUCAAUCCAGUGGGAGGCGCAAAAGACUCUUCAGUUUUUGAAGGAACAGCAGAGAGAGGAUGGCUCAUUUGGUGAUUUUUUGGCGACCUAUUAUGUAUUGCCUGUGCUGAAUGGACGAAGUUUAUUACAUUUGAGAAACAUAAGGUGUGCCUCAUUUAACGCAACACGUGAGGUGAGCCCAUCUGAGAUGUUGGAAUUUGUGGGAUCAAAGCAGUACAUACAUUACUCUAUUUAUUUUGGCUCGUCUUUGGUCAGUUCUCAUUCUUUGAAAGUUCUAGUACCUCAGGGAAUCAGCUUUUUGGAAAUGAUGAGGGUGGCCGAAUACCAAGACGAAAACUUCAGAUUUUCAUUGGACGAUGAAGGUUUCGACGUCUAUUCAGUGUCAGGAGUUCCAAAUGAUGCCGAACAGGGACUCUUCUGGCAUCUCUACGUUAAGCCAGAGGCAGGCACCGACACUUACACACUGAAUAUGAGGGAGCUAUACAGUGGAGAUAUACGAAAACUCUUCCCUCGAUCUGACCAACAUGUGAUAUUCUGGUAUCAUCCAAAAUUAGAUCCUCUACUUAAAUGAACGAUGCUGCAAGGAGUUCAAGACUGAAAGGAACAAUAAUGUUCGGUGGACAAAAGAAAGAUUAUAGAACGUUACAGUAUCAGAAUACAUCGUGCUACGAACAUCAGCGUGAUAUCUUUCCUUCAAUAUUACACUGCCAUAAUAACAAUUUUAAUAAAUUUUAAAUUUACGUGAA